AUAGGAUGAUUUAGGAUUAGGGUUAGAUAUGGGAGAGGGAGCUGAAGGCACCUAUCUGAAUUAGAUGAUAGAAAGUGCAGUCUCUUGUUUAAUCUAUAAAGAUUCCCUCCAGGGCAUUUUUGCUCUGGCCCAGAAGAGAAAUGAACACCCUGAGCCACCUGUUAUCUUGUAGGGUCUGGGAACAUUCUGCUUCGGUCCUUAUCUAGAUGUUCCAGGGAGACCAGGUGCUUCUGGCACCCCUUCGAAGUUUCUGGAAGCUGCCAGUUCUAGUUUGCGUGGCUUUGCUCCCUCUCCCCUGCUCCCAUCACCCAGGGAAGACUGGCACCUGCUGAGGAGGUAACCUGGCUACUUGUGCCAUGAAAUCAGUCUACUGUUGAUCUCUUAGGCUCAGAAGUGACCUUUCCUAGUAACCAGACACCCUCAGUAGGGGUCCCAAGCUCCAAGGUGACCAGAAGACACUGAAGUAUUCCCUGCUUUUGUGACAAAUGUUGGCUUUUAGCUACAUUAAAUUCAGCUGUUAAUUUCUGUUUUUUCAAAUCAGGGUGAAAUGAUUGUUUUGGUUUUCAGUGUUUCUGACUGGAUACAGAAAAUUGGAUUUAAAUAAGUUGGUUAAAAUUUACAUUGCCAUCUAAAGCACAUAUCAGGAACCUUUAUUCACUCACAUGAACUCUCAGGUUUUAGGAAGCAUGAUGUUUCAGAAAUGUGUCUGUGAAGCAGCUGCAGAGUCUGUGGCACUUGGCUAGCUCCAGGGUGGAAUCCACAGUCAACCUGAUAAAGUCUUUAUUCUCUGGGAGCAUAGAGUUGUUAGACUACACUAAAGAUCCUGCUUAAAGAAGAAAGAUAAUAUUGUUUAUAUUAAGAGGCCAAGAUUUGUUUUCCCACAGUCUUUCUACCGACUUCUCUUUGCUGGCUGAGCAAAGGAGUGCACUUAAAAGAUUUGGGUAUGCUUGUCCAUGGUGAGUGAAAGUGCCUCACGUUCAAGGUCAGGAUCUCCCUGUGUAUCCAUUGAGUACGCGACAAUGGUUUUCAUAUUGUGCCUGGAAUCGAUUUGACCUUGAUCUCCCAAGGUCCACCUUUGGAAGGCAGUAGACACCUGUGUGUGUCACUUUUGUCAUGGAGCCCAGCUUCUUUUCCAGCUUAGUUCCACCAUUUUAAAGUGGAGUGGUUGGGUGACAUGGCUUCUGAAUUAUAAGAUUGUUUUCAGGAUUGAUGAUGAUUUUAUUUUUAACUGCAGUGGAUCAUUUUUAAAUGAUCUUCCUUUGUGUCUCGUAAAGGUUUUCCCCAAUAUACCUGAUUCAUUAUGCAGAGUUUAUCUUCCUUUUGUGAAAGUAGGGCUCACUUUUCCCCUCCCAUUUUUAUGGACACCUUUGAAAUGGCCUCUGUCUGUCACAGUCUCCAUGUGUCCAUAGUCUUUUGUCACAGUGGGUGGUGAUCUGAAGUGCAGUUGGGUUAAAUCCCCUGGGAAAGCCUGGUACAGGAAGGGCCAGUCCUGUUGCUACACUGGAGAAGAUAAUUAGCAAUUCACUUGGGGGUUGUGUCUCCAGGACUUCAUGCCAAUUAAGUGAAAACACUUUGGUAGGAUCAGCUCAAUUAAAUGGGAACUUUUCAGGAGGACCUGCUCAAUUAAGCAUGGGUGGCUUGGAAAAACCGUGAGUGAGAGAAUGACGUGUGUAUCUGUUGUGCAUGGGACUGAAAGCAAGUCCCCUAAACCCAUAAAUACCAUUAGGCUUCAAUGACACAGUAGCCUGGCCUUUGGAUAAGGCCCAGUGUUAGGUAUUACUUUGUGGCAUAUUACUUCCCUCUCUUCUCUGGUGUGGCUCAAAAUGCCUCAAAUCUUGGGAGCUAGACAUUGGGCAAUUUAGUUCACCCCUCAGAUCUGUUUCUUCCUUCUCGGUAAAAUGGAAGCAGUCGCUCAGUUGUGUCCAACUCUUUGCACAUUUAAAGGAGAAGUAUCUACAUGCUCAGUCACUUCAGUCAUGUCCGAUUCUUUGUGACCCCAUGUACUGUAGCCCGCCAGGCUCCUCUGUCCAUGGGAUUCUCCAGGCAAGAAUACUGGAGUGGGUUGCCCUUUCCUCCUCCAGGGAAAUCUUCCCAACCCAGGGAUUGAACCUGCAUCUCAUGCAUUGACAGGCACAUUCUUUACCAGUGCACCACCAGGGAAGCCUGUGAAGGGAGAAGCACAGUGCCAAAUGCAUAGUAGGUGCUCUGUUAAUGAAAGUUAUGUAACUCACCCCUCCCCCACAGGGUGUCACAUGUCCACUGAGCACUAAGAGCUGCUGCCCCCUGAAUGCUGGGGAUUCAGGGGUGGCCAAGAAAGAGAAGGGCCCUAUCCUGUGAGAGGUGACAUUUUCCCCAGGGAGAAUCAGGUAAAAACAAGCAAUUUCAGAGGGUAAGUUUUAGGUAGUGAAACGUAUUAUAAGUAAACCAUGAUGGAGCUGGAGAGUGAAGACAUUUGGAGGAGGUGGCAAUUGAGUGAGGCCCAAAUUCUUCGAAGGAGCCACCUGAGGCAGGUUCACAGGCUCUCAGGAUUAUUGCCUUGGUGUAUUUAGGACGGGAUGAAAGCUGAGUGUCUGGAAGGACUGACUGAGACAUAUGGGUCUGGUGGGCUCAGCCAGGGCCUUGGAGUGGGUUAAGGCCUUAGGUCUCUGGCCUGAGGGCGGUGAGGCGAGGCUCAUAACAGACCAUCUUGCUCAGAAGGUGAAGGUGAGAUGUUCUCUUCUUCAUUCCAUUUGGCAACAAAACCUCAAUGUCAAUCAGAAGUCAGUUUUUUAGAAUGAACUGUGUAAAUAAUUGAUGACCAGUUCAUUUUGUAUUGGAAGCCAAAGUCAAACCAGAUAUCAGAUGUAUACCAGGAAGAAGGAAGCCCUGCCCAGGGGACAGUGGGUUACAGAAGGCUUGGCUGCUGGGCACCUAGGGCUUCCCUCACACACUAGGGAGUCACUUAAAGAUGGAAGUAGAGUUUCUGUGGACUUUGGGGUCAAAGGAGGCUUUCCCUCACACCUGUCAUAUUGCUUAUAGCUUGGGGGAAUGAUUCCAGGAAUUCACAAUCCCAUGGACCUGCCUCUAAGCUUUCUGGGACUGCCCAUGCAUUCCUGCCAGCCCUCCUCUGUUGUGGCUUGCCUGUGUGGGCACCUCAGGACAUUACCCAGCUUCAAGGACUAUUCCCUCUUGUCUUCUUGGCCUCGGCCCUGUCUUCUCAUAUGCUGAGCAUCUUUCUUAUCCAAAGUCUACUGAAAUCUUUUAAAAUUGUUGUUCCUUUCUGGUUACUUUAAAGAAAUGCAGCUUGGUUACUAAACAUUCAUUACAGAAACAGAAAGCUAAAGACCCUUCUAGACCUGGACUCUACCCCAGGGUGGUGCACAUUGCAGUCUAGAUGUGCUCAUUAGCUGUGAGUCACUCUCAGUUUAUUCCUUUUUUUCCUUAAAAUGCGAAUAUAUACUGUUCUUUCCCCUUCCUCUACAAUCUGUGAUUUUUUAAUAAACAGUUACUGUCUGUCUAUAAUCUUAUUUGAAGGAGGAUUCAAAUUUUUGUAAUCUGCUGUGUAUCAUGCUGUAUUGGCCACCUGUUGAUUUUUUUCCCUUUUCAUAUACUUAUUUAUCUUUUGUCCUAUGUCUUUUUUUUUCUUGUCCCUUACAACCUAUUGAUUUUAUGCUUGAGCUCACCAGUUUUCUUCCUGCUCUGAGUUCUAGGAUUCUUCAGGAAGGUCUCCCUCUUGUUUUUAUGACAUUGGGAUUACUGACACUCUUCCUGUUGGUUAUACUGUAUUGUUUUCCAUCCUUUUACUUUUAACCUAUCUCUCUCUUUACAUUUAAAGUCUUUAACUUUAAAAUUUCUUGUAGACAGCACAUAAUUGAGUUUUUUAAAGAAAAUACAAUCUGAUAAUCUCUGCAAAUUAACUGGUGUGUUUAGUCCAUUUAUAUUUAACUUAACUAUCCAUAUGGUUGUGUUUACAUUUGCCUCUUGCUGUUUGUUUCUGCUUGCCCUAACUGUUCAUUUUCAUUUGUUUUUUUAACCUACUUUUGGAUUAUUUUUUUAGAAUUGUAUUCUGUCUCCACUAUUGCCAUGCAUCAGAGGCUUGGAGGGCUUCCUAAAGCACACAGUCUUACAUUUUAUUUCUAUAUAUGUUAUAAACCCCAAUUGUUGGUUUUGUUUAGUUGCUAAGUUGUGUCCAACUCUUUUGCAACCCCAUAGAUUUAGCCCACCAGGCUCCUCUGUCCAUGGGAUUUCCCAGGCAAGAAUACUGGGGUGAAUUGCCAUUUCCUUCUCCAGGGGAAUCCUCCCAACCCAAGGAUUGAAUCUGCGUCUCCUGCUUUAGCAGGUGGAUUGUUUACCACUGAGCCACCAGGGAAGCCCUAUAAACCCCAUACUGCCUUACUAUUUUUUUCUCUAAAUGUUCAGCUUUCUCUUAAAGAUGUAAAAGUGUUCUAUAUUUCAGCACAUAUUUACAUUCCUGGUGUUCUUCAUUCCUUUGUGAUCCAAGUUUCCAUCUGGUACCAUUUCCCUUCACCUGAAGAACUUUCUUAAAUAUGUCUUAUUGUGUGGAUCUGCUGGUGACAGAUUCUUUCAGCUUUUCUUUGUCUAAAAAAGUUUCUUUUUUGCCUUCAUUUUUGAAGGAUACUUUCCCUAAAUAUCGAAUUCUUGGUUGACAUGUUUUUUCCCCUUUAGCACUUUAAAACUGUCAUGCAGUUGUUUUCUGGCUUGCACAUUUUCUGAUAAGAAGUCAGCAGUUAUUAUUAUCUUUGCUCCUUUGUAUACUACAUCUUUUAUUCUCUGGCUGCUUUAAGAUUUUUUUCUUUAUCACUAGUUUUCAGCAAUAUGAUUAUGAUGUGUCUUAGUGUACAUGUGUGGGGUUUUUUCUGGUUUUGUUUUUUGUGUGUUUGUUUAGUCUUGCUAGGGGGUGAUUGGGCUUCUUGGACCUAGGUUUUAUCCAAUUUAGAAAAUAAUAAAUUUUAACCAUUAUUUCUUCAAUUAUACUUUUAUCCCACCCCCCAUUUUUCCUCAUCUUCUUAGAUUCCAAUUACAUGUGUGUUAGACCACUUUCUGUUAUCCCUAAGUCACUGAAAUUCUGUUAAAUAUUUUUUUUCUUUCUGAUCUUCAUUUGGGAUAAUUUUUAUUGCUACGUCUUCAGAUUUUCUAAUCUUUUGGGGGGAGAAGGCUGUAUCUAAUCUGCUGUUAAGCACAUCCAGUGAAAUUUUCAUUUUAAAUGUUACAAUUUUCACCUCAAUAAGUCCCAUUCAGUUUUUGUUUUUAUCAUCCAUUUCUUUCAUUAUGUUCCUGUUUUUCUUUAAAUAGUUAUACAUUGUUAAACUAGCUGUUAUCCUUGUCUGUCAGUGAUCAUUUCUGGGUGUUUCUGUUAUUAUUUUCCUUUCCAUGAGUCACAUUUUUUCCCUGCUUCUUGGCAUUUACUUAAUUAUUUAUUGGAUGUUGAACAUUGUAGAGAUUAUGUUGUUAAAUGUCUGAAUUUUGUUGUUUCACUGUGAAAAGAGUUAGACUUUGUUUUUGAAAGUAGUUGCUUGUGGAAUAUUUUCAUCCCUUCAAGGCCUAUUUUUAUGUUUUUCUAGAGCAGAUCAGGGUCACUCUGGCUCCAGGGAUAAAUCAGUCCUACUACUAAAGCAUGGCCUCUCUGAUUCUCUACUGAAUACCUCAGAUGAUCUCUCAGAAUUCUAUACUCUGGUUGGUUGGACCCUGAAAUAUCUCCCUACCUUUGUGUGUCUUAGGAAUUAUUCAACUUACAACUUCAUGGUCAUUGUUUUCCUAGUCUUUGUGAGUUUUAUUGUAUGCAUGCAUGGCUUAGUGGUCAGAAAAGACUCAAGGGGAAUCUUGUGAAGAUUUAUUUGAGCUCUUUUUUCUGCAUAGCUCCCUCAUUUCUGAAACUCUGCUUUGCCUCAGCCCCUGAAUGCUGGUCUGUGUUGAUAAUAAAGCCACCGAGCUCUGUUUGGUCCCCCUUUCCCAAUAAUCUAAGUCUGGAAAUUGCCUCCGGAAGAUAUCUGGGACACUGAUAAAGCUUACAUUAUUUGUUUCUCUUCUCACAAAGAUCAUCAUCCAGUGCUGCCUGCUGUCCAAUACUUAAAACUUUUGAUUCACAUCUAUUUUGUCCAGUUUUGUAUUUAUUUAUGACAAGACAUUAAAUCUGUUCCUUGUUAUUCCAUCAUGGCCAAAAGUGGAAGUCUCUGUCCAUCCCUUUUAAUAUAACAUCUAAUUUUAUGAAAAAGUAUUUCUGAAGUAUCUGGGUUCUGUACUCCUUGAGCUAGUGUAAAAAUGCUUUCUUUUCAUUUAACUAUGAACCGAAUUGACUUGAUAGCAGAACAGAAACUGGGUUCUUGGUUCUGUGAACUCACUGAAGUGGGCAGUCUGUGAUGCAGACACACCUGUGGUGGGAUCUGAAAGAAAAAGGCAACUUGCACAUGUGGUUCAGAUCCUUUAUUUAGCAACUUAGUAUUUGAAGAUUUUUUUUUUUUGAGGUGUCUUUUUCCAGCUAUAGUUCAACUUUUCAUUUUGUCAAGUAUAUCACAGAAAUGUUCUUGUCUGCAAGCUGUCACCUGAUGAAUUGUUUCAGUGGGGUGGAGUAUGGACUUUUGAGGGCCUUACUGCUAGUCAGGAAGCCCUGGCUCCUGUUCCCUUCCUUUUAGUAGCCUCUGUUUUUUUUGUUGCCUCUACAAAGUUGAAAAGGAUCUCUCACUUCCCAGUUAUUUCUUCUGAUGUUCUUUUGGGGAACACUGCCUUCCUGUGCAGUGUGAGCAUGAAACUCUCCAAGGCCUAUUGCUAGGAGGCCUAUGGCCAACCUGUCUCUGAGAGCCAAUAUUCCUGCCACUGGCUUUCAGUCUGAGUUUGUCUUCUCUCUGUGCCUGGGCUAACAUUCAUUUGUCUUGUCUGGAUUCUCUCUGGGCUGCCUGUAUCAGUUCUCUGCCAGCCCAGUUCCCCACUGUUUGGGAUACGUUUUCUUAGGUAUGUCCAUGUUCUAGCUUGUCAGUCAGCCUCUGUGCAAGGGAAGACUCAAGAAGAUUUAAAACAAGUGAAAAGGAAAUCACCAGUCUCAUCCCAUGGGACCCAGAGGCAGAGCUGCUGUCGCUUGCGGCUCUUUCCACUUUCAUUAGCUCCCCCUGAUCCCCAGGGUCUGGCCCUUACCCAAGAAGUCAAGUUCUGUCCAACUCCUUACCAUUUCUGGGAAACCAAGUCCUGGCAGUGCCCCCUUGGAGAGCUUGAGGCUCAGAUGAGCUCUGCCUCCCUCAGCCUAGCUUGGGAACCUGUCACUGCUUCCUGAUUCUAGUGUUGGUCUCUGCCUCUUGCCCCAGCAUAACACACAACAGGGCCUGAACCCCAGCUGCUAUCUUUCUUCCAUCUUUCUGCUUCUCUCCCCGGAGUCUGCCAAGGAAUGGAUACCUGCUGGGUUUGUAAUUUCCAUCAUCCCGAUUGGGGAGCUGAGUUUCAGUACAGGAAAGUGAUUGAGCUAACAUCCCUUGGGAAGACAAUGGGAGCCAGGGCCACAGCCCAGGUCUCCUGGCACGUGGCCAGGUUCUCUUUCUAGGACUUCUUGAGGCUUAUACUUAGAUUUCCAUGUUCACAUGUAUACUCACUCUAGACUCUCACCUCUCAUCCCUGAGGUUACUGGCACUGCCCUUGCCUCAUUCUAGAAUGGAUGGAAAGACAGAUUGUUCCUGGGAAUUCUUUCAGGAUUUGGUGACGUUUGGUAACGUGGCACAAUACCUCAUCAAAGGGAGUGAUUGAGGCUGGACCCUGAGCAGAGGACCUCAGCAUAUUGAAGAAACGUGAUAUCUGUGGGGAACAGCCACUCCAGCCCUUGAGGAUUGAAAGGUUCCCCUUCAAAGGCCCCAACCUGAUGUCAUCUCUGGCUGCUGCUACUGCCUGUUUCUUUUUCCACGAGAAGGAGUUCCUGUUUUGACCCUCACCUUGGUCUCUCACCUGGAGCAAGUCAGAGCCAUCCCCUAACGUGGAUUGAGCUAAACAUUCAGAAAGCAUCUGGGCAACCCAACAGCCAAUGAUGGAUGAAGACGCACAGUCACAGGAGAUGGCCUCCACAAGCUCCCCUAGGGCCAGUGAGCCCAGCCCUGAGGUCAAACAGAAUGGGGACUCUGGGGGGAAGGGAGGAAGCCCCCAGAAUUUGCCUGUAGAGCAUCACUUUGCAUGUAAAGAGUGUGGGGAUGCCUUUCGGCUUAAGGUCCUUCUGGUACAGCACCAGCGAAUUCACAGUGAGAAGAAGGGCUGGGAGUGCGGUGAUUGCGGGCAGGUCUUUUACGGGGUGGCUGAGUUAAAUGAGCACAGGAAGAGCCACGUGGCUGCAGAGCCCCAGCCGGGCCCCAGCUGGGUCCUUGACGGGGCCGUGGAGAAGAGGGAGCAAAUGGAAAAGGAGGCGAAACCCUUCGAGUGUGAAGAAUGCGGGAAAAGGUUCAAGAAGAACGCAGGCCUCAGUCAGCAUCUGCGCGUCCACAGCCGAGAGAAGCCCUUUGACUGUGAGGAAUGCGGCCGCUCCUUCAAGGUCAAUACCCACCUCUUCCGCCAUCAGAAGCUGCACACUUCGGAGAAGCCCUUUGCCUGUAAGACGUGUAGCAAGGAUUUCCUGGAUCGCCAGGAACUUCUCAAGCACCAGCGGAUACACACCGGCCACCUGCCUUUCGACUGCGAUGACUGCGGCAAGUCCUUCCGAGGAGUCAAUGGCCUGGCCGAGCACCAGCGCAUCCACAGCGGAGCCAAGCCCUACGGCUGUCCCCACUGUGGCAAGCUCUUCCGGAGGAGCUCGGAGCUCACCAAGCAUCGGCGGAUCCACACUGGCGAGAAGCCAUACGAGUGCAGCCAGUGCGGCAAGGCCUUCCGGCAGAGCUCCAGCCUCCUGGAGCACCAGCGCAUCCAUACCGGGGAGCGGCCCUACGCCUGCGGCGACUGCGGCAAGGCCUUCCGGGGGCCUUCCGACCUGAUCAAACACCGGCGCAUCCACAGCGGACUGAAACCCUACGAAUGCGACAAAUGCGGGAAGGCCUUCCGCCGGAGCUCUGGCCUGAGUCGCCAUCGGAGGACCCACAGCGGAGCAAGACGCUGCGAGUGCAGCGAGUGUGGCCGCGUGUUCAAGAGGCGGUCAGCGCUGCAGAAGCAUCAGCCAACCCACCAUGAGUAAGCGAGGCUCGCAGCCCCACGGCUGGCAGCGGAUUCCCGCCGGGGCCAGGUCCCUAAAGGGGGAGGGCAGAGUCAAAGGAGAUGAACAGUUUUGUAGUGCUUAUAUAUUUUCUCUUCAAGAAAGGUUGAAAUCAAUUUAUACUACCACCAGCAAUUUAUAAGUGUCUGUGUUUCCCAUUUUGCCUAUCGAGAGUAGCUUUUACCAUUUUGAUUGAUUUUAGCUGGUUCAAUUGGCCUCGAGUACCUUCAAGGUAUUUAAACCCACAGGCCUUGAAUCGGAGAAUGAGAGAAGAGAAAUCUGGAUGUGGGAGGUGGAACUGAAUGGAGAUGCUUAUUCUCCUCCAAGCUCCCCCUUCAGGGAAACGGAGACCCAGAGAUAUUCAACGAUGGUGUCCGUAGAUUGUGAAUCCCGACUUUCCCUAACAAAGCAAUCACCCCAAAGUUUUUGGCCUACUUGAAUUUAUAAAUUUUUAGGGUUGUAAAUAGAAUAAUCAAAUGUCUUAUAAUAUUUAAUUUAUUAUUUUAGUUAUGCAUACCUAUUAUAAAUCACGUUAUAUAUAAUAAUAUAUUAAUUUAGAAAAUAUUCCUUUCUUGCCUGACUCUGCUCCAUGAGAUCAUUUUAUCCUAAUUCCUCCUAUGCAUUUCUAACCGCACCGUCUUCACCAACCUCAGAGCCCCUUUGUAGUCAUCAUUUUUAAAGCCCAUCCAGUGGCUUCCAUCUAUCUGAGCUGUGUGCCACGUAGCACUGUGACAAUCCCUGCACAAGGCUCUCACUAGAAAUCACCUCCCACAAGCCAUAAGUACCUGUUCAUGUAACAUUAGAAUGAUGGUUGUCCUUUUUUAAUUUGUCCUAUAGUUCUACAAUGCACCCACAUAAGGUGUUCCUUUUUUUAAAUGACCUUUAAAAGGCUUUUUUAAAGCAUUAAAAACUUGUCAUUGUGAGCACAUACUCUUAAGAAGUACUGAAUCUUGAGUUACAUUUCUUUUGUGUCCUUUUUUCUUAAACCAAUUCAACCUGGUGACUCCCAUGCAUAUCCAAAACUAGCAUCAACUGGAGUUUAUUUCAGGCUAAUGGAUCUCAUCCCCAAGCAGGACUAUUCAAAGUCAAGUAUUUGAGAGACAAUCACCAUGAUAACAAUAACAUCCCAAGGACUUAAGCAUAAGGUGAUGCCUCCUUCAGGGGAACAAUAGCCUCUCCUGAUAUGGGGCCUAGAUGGUACUUCUCCAAUCCUCCAUUUCCACCUCUACAAAAUGAGGAUGAUCACAGGACUACCUCCUAAGGUUAUCGCAAGGACCAUGAUGCCUCACCUGGCACAGAGGUACACACUCAGUGAAGUCAUCUGCCAUCACCUCCAUGGUUAUUGCUGUUGUUCUGUGACUCACUGGUAUCUGAACUGGGGAUGAACCCAGGGCUCCUGACUCCUAGUCUCAACUUCUUUCUCUCACAUGAUGGCUUAAAAUACUGUUUCUGUUUCCUCGCAUGCAGAUCGUAUGUUCAUCUCCUUUGACCAGUUAUCAAGUUACCUUUGAAUAUAUUGACUUUAUACAGCAGUUCUUUCUAUAUCAAUUGUGAUGAUCUCUUUGCCAGUUUUAUUGAUUUGCUCUUUGUAGCAGUUUUAUUACAUUUUUGUUGUGCAAGCUUUUGAUUUUUACAUAUCCAAGCGUUCAUUGUUGUCGGUUAAAUCGCAACUUCCAUUGCUUCAGUAGUUAGAGAUGAUGACAUUUUCUUCUAGAUAUUGAAUUACAAAUGAAAAGUUGAAAGUCCUGCCCCACCAGAAGGUGGAUGCUCCAGGUGGGCAGGCUGGAUGGAAAUGGGCCGGAGAUGCAGGCUCACUCCUCAUCCAAGAUGAAGACUCUGCAUGUCUGUGGGCAGUACUUGACUUUCCAACCUGGCCACCCAGGCACUCAAGAGGAAUUUCCAUCUUGGAUUAGCCAGAACACUCUUGACUGUUCCUCAGCAUAGCCCUGGCCUUCAGCAGUGGGGCAGGACCUCACUUAUGGGUCAGGAUCAAUGGGGCGGUCCAAACUUGGUCUUGGCAGCAGCUGGCCAACCUUCCAGCUCCUGGGAGCCUUGGCCAUGGCUCGGUGUGGAUUCAGUGCCUGAGCAGCAGAUCCACCCAACAGACAUCUCAAACACGAAGACUCAACCGACUGAUGGCUGUCACGUGGAUGGUAUCCUCUUGCUAGAGAGUGAUUCUGGAACUAGAAAGAGGUCAGCAGUUCGGUGGCUUCCACUUUUGGUGACUAGGAGGAAAUUCACCAGUGUGUUCUGAUGUCACCUCCUGUGUCCACAUCUGUGAGGGGGUGACAGAACAAAGGCUUGAAGACAACCCUGCCCCUCUGAUGGCCACACCAGGCCUGGGCUGUGACUUGCCACAGCCUUGCCCAAGAGGGGCAGUUAAAACAAGGGUUUGGAGGGCAAUGAUGCCCUUCUGAUGACAGCCCGUGUGGCACAGAAAUAGAAAUUGGUCAUCCUGGGACUGGGCUCUCACUUUCAGCAGCCUCCCCCAGGAGGAACAGCAGCAAGGGCUAGCCAAGAACCUGGCCCCUGUAGCGUGACUUCUCAGCAGGUGUGCCCGGGGUAGAGGGGGAACUUGAGAGCCUGCCAAGGAAGGGCACCCUUCUGACAGGCCCACUGGGGCUGGGAAACAGGGUCCCACAGUGACCCUUGUGACCUUAGCCGGAGGUACUCUGGAUUGGCCCCCCCCAGGUCACACCAGUGGCUCUCUGCAACAUCUCCAUCCUGACCCCCAGGCUGGAGAGAAGCUGACAGAUCUUGUUACAUAGCAAUUCUUUCUGCUCGGGGGCCUCAGUUCUUGCAAUAGUUGUAAAUCUAUGUCUGAAAUCACUACUUCCUGUUUCAUCAGUUUUCUCUUUUCAAGCUGUUAAUGAUAUAUUUGCUGCAACUGUCAUUUGGUAAUGAAUGUUGGCGUCCAUGGGGCCAAGUCUGGCAUCACAACCUGGAAGUAGCCUGCCAUAUCUUGCCUGGGUUUUAGGAAGGAUCCAGAUGCAGUAUUAACUCAGAACUUAGCAUCGUCGACACCACUCCACUUGUCCCCAGCCAGGACCCAGCACCUUGGCACCUCGGCACCUUGUCAUGCCCUCCUUUCCUUUGUUCCAUUCUGAGUUCUAUGAUUUUCUCUUGAACAGACCGUCCGCCAGAGUGAACACAUCUUUUCUGUCACUGUGUUUGUGGGUGAAGUCCAUGCUCUCUCUGUGGCUUUAACGUGUGUCCUGUAGUUGCACCGAGUUCAGUGUUUGCCUCGGAUCCCUGGGGAAGGGGGUGAAUUUCCUUGGACUCUCUAGGUCUACUGCUACAUCAGAUGCAAAAUGUGAUCAGACUUGCUGUUGUGUGUGCUUGUCUAUGCAUUUAUGUAUCUACCUCAUUUCAUUUUUCUUUCUAAUCACACGUAUUCCUUUUGCAAGGCAAAUGGAGAGCAGGUUGGUUAUGUAGAAUGCCAGCUGUCCUUCAAAAUGGGUCCUUAUAUUCUGAAAAAACCUCCCAUCACUUUUAUUAAAGUUUUGAAUACUUGCUGAAAUUUUCAGAAGAAAGUAACCGUUUACCACUUCUGCUGCUUAAUAAGAUGAACUGUGUGGAUUAGUUGUGUCUUACCCACUCUCCAGCUUCCAAAAUGAGCCCCACCCUGUCCUGGUGGGCAUCUCUCUCGCAUGGGGUUGCAUUCCACAUGCCCGGGGCUGUGCCCUGUUGUCUGCUAUGUGAACCCCACCCCAUCAAGGUCAUGUUCAUUCAACCAGAACUGAACACUUGACUCAUGGGCAGUAACUGGUCGACAGAGCUGGAGACAUGGACCAGAUCUUUAGGGUUCUCUGUGAAGUGUAAAUAAGAAAACAGAGAAGUUUCUAGUUGGUGCUGGAAGGAAGAGGGAGCCACCUGGGAUUUAGGGGAGUUGCCCUGAUGGGCAGCACCAGCUUGAAGAUCUAUGGACUCCUGCUGGGCACCCUUAGAGAGCCUUGACCCCAGCACCACAAGGGAGCCUGGCAGUUCCCUUCUGGGAUCUCUGGCAACUGCCCUGGUCCACUUGUGUCCCUGCUGUAGACCCCCUUGACCUGAGCCAGCUUGAGUGGGCCUCUGCUUUUUACAGUCUGUCAAGAGCAAUUGCAUUUCCCCAUUUGUCCACUUCCUGAGAAGAAUCACAUGGUUGACUUUCCUCAUGUCCUACCCAGCCCUUGUCCCCAGACCAAGCCCCACCUGACUGUUCUAAACACCUCUUUUCAAUGUGGUAUUCUGUUUGCUAACAUGGAUACAAAUCUAUGCCUCCCAGUCUCGCUGAGUUUGACCAAUGAUUUUUCUGUCUGGGCAUUGUUCCUUUCCUGACCCCAUGUUUGCCCCAGGAAAUGAGUUAAGUCACUGCUCACCCUAUUCUUGAUUUUGGACGUGUCUAGCUACUUCCAGCUACUUCCCAACUGUCAGAUUGGGAAACUGAUAACUUCUGGAUAGCUAGUAUACUUACAAUGUGUAGUUCUCAUUGCAUCUGUUCGGGUGGUUAUUUUCAAAAGUAGAAAUGGUCUCUUUAAACAAACAUGGCCUUCAGUGUUACUUGCAGAACUGAGAACAGUUAUUCCCUGCCCCAGUUCAUGUUUUGGUUGUUGGCUUUCUUUUCUCAUUCCUCCCCGGUCUCCUUAACUUGUCUGUUUUACAGCAGUUACUAUAAUCAGCCUUGCACUAGCGCUUUGCUCUCCCCACCUUCCCCAACCCGUUAGAUUGUGAGCUCUUAGAAGACAGGGGUGGCCCUUCUUAUCUGAUUCCCCUUCCAGAUCUAGCACAGUGCCUUGCAUCGAGUAGAUUUCAAUAAAUAUAUGUUAAAUGGCA